AUGUCCCCCUUGAAGAUCAUGGCGGCCUCCUCCAAGGAAAAGAUUAUGUCUCGCAGACAAGUCGAAGGUCUCAUCGCAGAUGGCAGGUCCAUCAUUGUUGUUGACCAGGCCGUACUCAAAGUAGAUGCUUGGAUGAAAUAUCAUCCCGGAGGAGAUAAGGCCAUAAGACAUAUGAUAGGCAGAGAUGCAACAGAUGAAGUAAAUGCGCUUCACUCGGCAGAAACAAGAGCCUUUAUGGGAAGAUAUCAAAUUGGUAGAACAGAAGGUCGCUGGAAGAAUUUUGUGCCCCCAAUACAAUACGGAAAGUUUCGAAGCUAUGUCGAAGGCAUGUCAGACGAUUCCGAAGAGGAUGAACAUGAUUUCGAUGAUAAAACGAGCUCUGAGACGUCAAGACUUCCCUCGCCUACAUUCGAUGAAGAUUACCCAGAAGUGCGUAGAAGAGGAUCAGCUAAAGAGGACCGCCCCGUGUCCUCCGCCCCUGACCUGAAUGAUGGCAUGUCCCACUUCGAUGCUUUGACUCGAGAACAAAUCGAUCUAGAUCAUGCCAAAUAUCCUUCUCUGGACCCGGACACGCAAGACGAGAUCGUUCAAAAGUACCGCCUAUUGGACGAAAGGAUGCGUGCGGAAGGUCUCUUCGACUGUAACUACGCUGCAUACGCCAUUGAAUGCUGCCGCUACACUUUUUUGGCCACUAUGGCAUUCGUGUGCUUAAAGUGGGGCUGGUAUGGGACAAGUGGAUUGUUUCUUGGUUGCUUAUGGCAUCAAUUGGUGUUCACAGUGCAUGAUGCGGGUCAUAUGGGUAUCACCCAUAACUUCACGAUUGACUCCCUCAUCGGCAUUGGAAUUGCAGACUUCAUUGGCGGUCUAUCACUUGGAUGGUGGAAACGCAGUCACAAUGUCCACCAUAUUGUGACAAAUUCACCCGAGCAUGAUCCAGACAUCCAGCAUAUCCCCUUUUUUGCUGUCACUCACAGAUACUUGAAUUCUCUAACCUCGACCUUCUAUGAAAGAUGCAUGACGUAUGACGCAUUCGCGCAAUACAUACUUCCGUACCAAUCAUACUAUUAUUACGUAGUACUCUGUUUUGGUCGAUUCAAUCUCUACCGCUUGUCCUGGGAACAUCUACUUCUAGGCCUUGGGCCAAAGAGAGGUCCUGCAUGGUGGCAACGAUGGUUAGAAAUUGCUGGUCAUAUUUUCUUCUGGUCAUGGUUUGGUUAUGGAGUAAUUUACAAAAGUAUUCCGACAAAUGGUGCGCGGAUUGUCUUUGUCUUGGUCAGCCAUGUGGUUACUAUGCCGGUGCAUGCCCAGAUAACUCUUUCACAUUUCUCUAUGAGCACGUCAGAGCUUGGCCCACACGAGUCUUUUCCACAGAAAAUGCUCCGCACGACCAUGGAUGUUGAUUGUCCACAGUGGCUGGACUUCUUUCAUGGAGGUCUUCAAUUUCAAGCUAUCCAUCACCUUUUCCCUAGGAUGCCUAGACAUAAUCUCCGUCGCGCCCAGAAACUUGUGUUAGAAUUUUGCAAUGACGUGGGCAUCCCCUACGCGCUCUACGGAUUUGUGGAUGGUAGUAAAGAUGUCAUUGGCAGGCUUGGAGAAGUUGGUAGGCAAGCUGCGAUUCUUGCUAAAUGCCAAAGGAGUAUAGUACAGAAAGGCGAUAUUCUUCAUGGGCACUAG